AUGACAUGUGGUGAUAUCUUCCUGGCUCUGAUAGCCAUUCUCUUCCCCCCAAUCGCAGUCUGGAUCAAGUCCGGCAUCUGCUCUUGUGACUCUCUGAUCAACAUCCUCCUCUGCAUGCUCGGCUACGUCCCUGGUCUUCUGCACGCAUGGUACAUCAUCGCCCGCAACCCCGAGCACGACUAUGAUUACGAAGUCAUUCCCGAUUCCGAGCGAGGUCAAGGCGGGCGAGUCACAUACUAUUACAUCCGCCAUGAAACCGUGCCGCGGCGAGAUUAUGGUACUCAGGCUCAAGCACACAAUCGACCUGCCCCUGCUCCGCCUACGGGUCAGGGCAACAACAGACCGGCUCCACCGCCGCCUUCUAAUCCCACAUCCCAAGCAGAGGAGCCUGCUGGACCAAGUGUAGGCGCAGGAAGCAACGAGCCUGGUGCGCCGCCCAGUUACUCGGAAGUCGUGAAGGGCGAUCACAAGAUCCAGACCCAAGAUUAG